AUGGCGGUGCCGGGGGCGUGGCCGGCACGAGGGGCGGAGCCCUCAGACAGCAGCCCCGAGCCCCCCUCCCCCUCCAGCUCCCGGCCCCCCCUGUCCGACUCCAGCCCCUCCCCCACCGAGACCACGCCCACCCAGUGGGGCCCUGGGGGCGGGGCCAGGGCUCGCCCCGCCCCUCCCACCCCGCCCGGGCUGGGGGGGGAGCGGCCGCUGGCGCUGUUUGAGGAGGAGCUGGCGACGCGGCCGCGGGUGCCGGCGCUGCUGCGCAGGAUCGCCCCGUACAGCGCCCUGAGCCCCGACAGCGACAGCGGCUCCGCCCCGCGCCGUGCCCUGGGGACGCUGCUGGGGGUGGCGGCGCCGUCGCUGCAGUCGCUGCUGGGGCUGGUGCUGCUGCUGCGCCUGCCCUGGGUCGUGGGACACGGCGGCGUCCUGGGGACAGCGGCCAUCGGCGUCCUGCUGGGGGCCUGCAUGCUGCUGACCGCGGUGUCCCUGAGCGCCGUCGCCACCAAUGGGCUGGACCCCGGGGGCGGGGCCCUGGCGCUGCUGUCGGGGGCGCUGGGCCCCGAGGCCGGGGGGGCCGUGGGGGUCUGCGGCUUCCUGAGCUCCGCCUUCGCCGCCGCCGCCGCCGCGCUGGGCGGGGCCGAGGUGCUGCUGGUGUACCUGAGCCCCAGCUGGGCGGUGCUGCCGGGGCGUGGCCGCUGGGGCCGACUGAACAACGGGCGUGGCUAUGGGGCGGGGCUGCUGGCGCUGCUGGGGGCGGGGUCUCUGGCCCCACCCCGCGUGCGCGCGGCCGCCGCCCCCCUGGGCCCCGCGGGGCUGCUGCUGGCGCUGCUGGCGCUGCAGGCCGGGUCCCUGCGCCGCGCCCUGCCCGGCGACCCCGCCCGCGCGCUGUGCCUCCCCCCCCACCCAGGGGAACCCCUGACACCCUGCGCCCCCCCCGCGCCCCCCAACGCCUCCCGCGGUCCUCCCGGCCACCAGGGGGCGCUGCCCGCCCUGCCCGGGCCCAGCGCCCGGCUGCUGGCAAGGAACCUGUGGCCCCGCCCCCCUGAGGUGGGGCAGGGGGCGGGGCCAGAGCAGGAGGAGGGCGGGGCCGACGCCUCCUUUGGGGCCCUGCUGGGGCUGAGCCUCCCUUCGGCCUCCGACCUGAGCGCGGCGCUGCUGCUGGGGGCCGGCGUGGAGGGGCAGCUGCUGCGGGACAAGUUCGGUGCCGCGCUGGGCGGUGUCCCCGUGCUGGCUGCGGUGGCCUGGCCCUGGCCCUGGGUGCCGGUGCUGGGGGCGCUGCUGUCGGCGGUGGGGGCGGGGCUGCAGGCGCUGCUCGGGGGGUCCCGCCUGCUGCGGGGGCUGGCACGGACACGGGCACUGCCACUGCCACACGCGCUGGCCCGGGGCCGGCUGUGGCCGCUGUUGGCGACGUUGGUGACAGCGACGCUGGGGGUGCUGCUGGGCUCGCUGGACCUGCUGGCGCCGGUGCUGUCCGUGUUGUGCCUGACCUCGUACCUGGGGCUGAACCUCGCCUGCGCCCUGCAGGGGCUGCUGCCCACCCCCGGCUGGAGCCCCCGCUGCCCGCUCUACCACUGGGCGGUGUCCCUGGCCGGGGCCGUGCUCUGCCUGUCCCUCAUGUUGGUCACCUGCUGGCACUGCGCCCUCCUGGCCCUCGGCAUCGGCGCCACCGCCUACAAAUACCUGGAGUUCCGCAGCGCCCAGACCGAGUGGGGGGAGGGGCUGCGGGGGCUCUCCCUCAGCGCCGCCCGGUUCGCGCUGCUGCGGCUGGAGGAUGGACGGCCCCCUCCCCCCAGCCUCAGGCCGCAGCUGUUGGUUCUGUCCAAGCCCGGGGACCCCCCCGCGCCCCCCCCCGGCCCGAGCUGGUGGCGCUGGCGGCGCAGCUGCAGGGGGGGGGGCGCGGCCUGA